AUGACUUGGAUCAAAUCGGCUCUGAUGGCGGCCAUCAUGGCGUCGAACAUCUUUGCAAUGCCUUCCCCGCAACGUAGAAGCGUUGGUGAUCAUGGCACCAAUCUUGAGGGUCCUGUAGAUCCUACCAAGUGUCCUGGAGGAGAUGGGUGCGGUAUUACGUCUAGAUCGACUGCGGAGCAGGACGAUGACCCUCAGGACGAUAUUACUCUUCUGGAGGCAAGCUUUACGAUUGACAGUGUAGAGAAGUCUGACAUCAGCACGUCCAACGCUAUGCCCGCCAGCGUCUUAGACGACUCCUGGUAUUACAAUGCGACUCUCCGCUACAAGAAAGCAGGCAGCAGACCAGAUAAACAUGCUGCAUUCGCAUAUGCGCAGCUGGAUUUGGAUGCCCAGAAGAGAGAUGAGCUCUCCGACGUCAAUUCCCCUCCGGAAUCCAUCACAACUGGAAAGAAACCCGUCAACAUUGUCUCUGUACAUGGUAUAGAGAAAGUCUUCCACUCCAAUUCAGGAGGAAGCAUGCGAGCGGGCAACGCUCUGCACGCGGUCUCCUUCGACGAGCACAGCAAUACAGUCGGCGGCGAGAGCUGGUUCUUCACAUGCAGGUUGCGAAUUCUGUAUCAUCAUACUUAUACAGACGGGGAUUUCAACGUGUUGAGAGGGUAUCUUGUGCAAAGUGGUGAGAAUGUCCUGAACGCGAUCGGAUCUAUCGCUUAA